AUGCCUCACUUGCACGUGGAUGCAACCACUUGUGCUGGCUACUUGUACAAAGUUGACUCUCGUGUCACCUCCGUGCCCACUAACAAAGAUGCUGAUAAUCCAAUGCUUGAAGGAUUGUCCUCGGAUGUCGGCACUGUCUCCUCCUCCUCUGCUUUCUUCUCACCUGUCACAAGGAGGGCAAGGCAACGGGCCUCACGUGUCACUUCACCAAGCGGUGGUUUUAUGGCGGCACUAUUCCAUCGCGGUCGACGUGGUAAGCGACGCUGGUUCGUCCUUGAUCGUAGACGCCGACUACUGAUCUACUACUCCAGUCAUACCUCCAAGUCUUCCAAUGCAGCUUCCCUCAUGAAGCCCAAAGACGUGAUCAGUUUCACGGACAUAAUCGACGUCUACCCAGACCGACAGGCAAGGAAAAGCAAUAACACGAGUUUCUGCCUCCUCUUGGUGGCUUCGUGCCCCCCGCCUCCUUCCCUAGUUUCACCGCAGAGUCGUCCACAGCCAGCACGAACUCGAAUUCUGUCGUUGGCUGCGCCUUCGCCCGAGGCAAUGAGAGUGUGGGUAGACGCGCUUUUCACAUGCGCCGGCGCCUACCUCUGUCUCCCUAAUUCACACCGCUCCCGUCGCAACGGAACGGAUGGAUAA